AUGGCUCUUGGUGACGAUGCACAGCACCACUCUCCCUCGAUCCUCGAUACUCUUCUAUGUGAAGAGCGUGACACCUUUGAAGAAGAUUUCGAUGGGAACGGUGGUGAGUGUGAAACCAACAUCGAUAUUCCAUCUGGGGGAAAGUCGCAAUCUUUGCCUUUGGCUUUGCUUGAGAAUGAUCUGUUUUGGGAGGACGAAGAACUUGUGUCGUUAAUCUCAAAAGAGGGAGAGACCCAUCUGUGUUCUCUUAGUGCCAUUGCUGAUGGGCCCUUAGAAGGGUGUCGUCUCCAGGCUGUGAACUGGAUUUCAAAAGUUUGUGGACAUUAUGGGUUCUCUGCUUUGACCACUGUUCUUGCCGUCAACUACUUUGAUCGGUUCAUCCCAAGAUUGAUGGUUCAGAGGGACAAGCCGUGGAUGACGCAGCUCACUGCUGUUGCUUGUUUGUCCCUUGCUGCAAAGAUUGAAGAGACCCAUGUGCCGCUUCUUUUGGACCUUCAAGUGGAGGAAUCGAAGUAUGUGUUUGAGGCAAAGACUAUUCAGAGAAUGGAGCUUCUGGUGUUGUCAACCCUUAAAUGGAGGAUGCAUCCUGUGACUCCUAUUUCUUUCUUUGAACACAUUGUCAGAAGGCUUGGUUUGAAGAGUCGCUUGCAUUGGGAGUUUCUAUGGCGUUGUGAGCGGGUUCUUCUCAAUUUGACUGUGGAUUCAAGGGCUAUGAGUUAUCUUCCUUCUACAUUGGCUGCUGCUACCAUGAUCCAUGUUAUUAAAGAGAUUGAAUCAUUUAACGCUACCAAGUACAUUGACCAGCUUCUGGGUUUACUAAAGAUUAACGAGGAACAAGUGAACCAGUGCUACAAGCUCAUGCAGAAACUAUUAGGUGGCAAUGAAGGCAUUUACAGCCUUCACCAAAAACGCAAGUAUCUGUCUGUACCAAGUAGCCCAGGUGGUAUUCUUGAUUCAUCUUUCAGUUGUGAAAGCUCAAAUGGUUCAUGGGCGUUGUCAUCAUCAGUCUCUCUCUCACUGGAGCCGCAGUUUAAGAGAAGAGCUCAGGACCAGCAAAUGCGAUUGCCUUCUGUCAGUCGUGUGUCAAUUGAUGUUCUUAAUAGCCCUCGUUAA